UUGACAUCCGCCCGGCGCGGAUGAGGGCGCGGAGUCGUUUGUCUGCACUCCUUCAAAUCAUUAGCGCCGAACGCGAAUCAGAUGGCGAAGGAGCGGAUGUGGCUUGCUCACAACGUAGUGAAUCUGUCGCAGAAUGAACUGUAGGCCGGCGGUGCCCAGCCAUCGCGAAGUGGCAUACUCUAUACAUUGUCCUAAUUCUGUCUGUGCUUGUACAUGCCAUUGUAUUGUUAUGUGUCCCCUCUACCGAACCGACCACAGAUCACAUAUAGAGUGUACAUCUGAAUCUGUCUAUUUCGAGCUACGUUCAUAUGGACUCGGAACAGCGCGAUCAGUGCAUCAUAGCUUGCCCAUUCAUGAACCUCAAUCGCGACCAUCAUCUUGGUCUUGCAAACAUAGGUCCGGACCACACAAGAUAGCAUACGCCAAAGCAAGACCGGUGUCUACAUGGAUACGGUGCAGCAAACGGGUGGCAUAUUUACAAGCAUACAAUAUGUGGCAACGGUCCGUUCAUCAACUUCGUGAAUCUUGUACAGCGGCAGGGACCCCAUAGAACAUUACAACUUGUUUGGAGGGGUCCAAAAUGGGCAGCAUGGAUGAUAUUCCGACCCUCAGAGGCAUAGUAGAAGGCUCC